CAGGUCCAUGGCAUCUCAUGGUUGCUCUGUUGGAGCUUGUUCUGUGGGUGCUUGAGAUGAGUGUAGAAGCUGGGAAGAAGCGUGGUUAUGUUCCCACUUCUGGGGAUAGGAUGUCUAAGAAGAAACCAAAGAGAAAGGAAACCUAUUCAGUCUAUAUCUACAAAGUACUGAAGCAGGUGCACCCGGACACCGGCAUCUCCUCCAAGGCCAUGAGCAUCAUGAACUCCUUCGUCAAUGAUAUCUUUGAGCGGCUGGCCUCGGAGGCCUCGCGCCUGGCCCAGUACAACCACCGCUCCACCAUCACCAGCCGCGAGGUGCAGACAGCCGUGAGGCUCCUGCUGCCUGGCGAGCUGGCCAAGCACGCCAUCUCCGAGGGCACCAAGGCUGUCACCAAGUACACCAGCAGCAAGUGA